UUCUUAAAUCUUUUUAUCGCUCAUAAAUAAAGAUCAUCAGUUCGCUAUUUCCAUCUAAUAAUUUCUAAGCUAGUUAGCAGUUAUUUGUUAUUCCUGGGUGAGUCGGUAACUGAAAUUAAUCGACGGGGAACGCCUUGUUGGAAUCGAGUUUUGUGAGAUGAGAGGAGGAGGAAGAGGAAGAAAUUUUCAUGGGAACUAUACAAACCCAUGUUUGACUAUGCAUCAACCUUGGGCUUCUUUGCUUGUUUAUGGAAUAAAGCGCAUUGAGGGUCGGUCAUGGCCUGCUCCAAUUAGAGGUCGAUUAUGGAUUCAUGCUGCUAGUAAAGUUCCUGAUGAAGCAACUAUCAAAGCUAUGGAGCAAUUUUACAGGGAAAUUUAUGCACUGAAUGGAGUUGAAGAUCUAAAAUUUCCUGAACAUUAUCCUGUUUCAAGGCUUAUAGGUUGUGUUGAAGUGGUUGGAUGUCUGGAGCGCGAAGAAUUAAGUGGCUGGGAGUUGGUACCUGAAGGGGUGAGACUAGAAGCACAAACUGAUAUGUGUUGGCUUUGUGAGCAGCCACAGAGACUGUUAAUUCCAUUUGAAAUGCGCGGUUUUCAAGGCGUCUAUAAUUUGGAGAAAAAGAUAUACGAGGCUGCAAUUAGAGGUCUUACACCAGUUGAAUGUCCAUUACCAGUAAAAUUUCCUAUUCCGGAUCCAAGGGAUCGAUUUUCCUUGAAACCUGGCUCUAUUGCUGCACACUACCCUAGAUCAAAAGGGGCUGAAGUGCAGAAGUCAUUAAAUCUUGAUGCUGCAAUAGCUGGUGCACGAGCUGCGGCUACACAGUUCACAAAGAAAAAUCCAACCUCCCCAACCACACAGAAUACCACACCCAACGGAGACAUGACAAGACAGAUGAAAAACAGAUCAUCUGAAGAAAAAGAAGGAACACACACAAUGAACCUUGAUGGAGAAUCUACUUCAGAUAAUGAAAAGAAAACAAGUCAGAUUAUGCUCGAGGGAAGCAGUAGUGACUUUCAACCUUCUCCUGAUUCCAGACCUCGCUCUGGAGCACCUUCUAAGAUUUUUGCUGCUGCACUGAGAGGGCUUAAGCCACCAUGAGUCUUCCCACAUCUUCUCUGCACUAUGUAACUCUGUAAAUAAACCAAUAUCAGUAAGUUAUUCAACUUUCAUGGCAGGAGAAUAUUGAAGGAUGAAUCUUCAUGCUUGAUUUAACAUUUACUUUUUUCAUGGCAAUUUGUUUUAGAGCUUUGUUGUACUUUAAUUAGUUAUCAAGAAUAGUUGCUUCAAAUCUUGUAAUACUAAUGAGUGAUCUAUAAAUAAUCUCUGUACCCUUUGGAGUGAAGUUCAGUGAAACAUUGUUUUCCUUGGCAAUUAUCGUCUUAAUGAUUAUUCCAUUCACUUCUCUGA